AUGGCCGUCUGUUAUAUGAUUCUGAACCUGAUUUGCGUUUUCUGCACAUUUUGUAAUUUUGUGGUAAGUGAGGAAUCACAGUUUUUCCUAUUCGAGUUCGACCAAGUCUGUCAGGACACGGUUUACGGUGACGUACUCGCCAACUUAACGGACGUAAACAACGUUCAGUGCGGCGUACGGUGCGCUGAUGACGUCAAGUGCAAGUCGUACACGUUCGACCCGUUAACGGAGGUGUGCAUUAUGAACAACGACACCGUCAACACGACGACCAUCGGCCCGUGCAGCACGUUUGUGAGAUACGCGGCAAAACGAGGCUGGGCCCGAUGUGUGCCGGGAAGCGCGUGCACGAGACCCAUACGAGGUGUCCGCCUGUGUGACGGGGGAGGCUUAGGUGUGUGUAACGCCACCAGCGGCAGAGUUGAGGUGCUCAUGAACGGUCAAUGGGGCACAGUAUGUGAUGACUUCUGGAACGACCCCUCCUACUACAAUCCUGAGGACCCAUAUUACUACGGCAACAUGGGAUUCAACAACGCUCACGUGCUCUGUACCUCUCUGGGUUACACGACGGGCCUCCCAAUGCCGGACGGAUAUUAUGGUGAGGGACUUGACCCCACGUGGCUUGACAACGUGUCAUGUGAGGGUUGGGAGGAGCACCUGUUCCAGUGUGUCGCCAGCCCAGUCGGCGUGCAGAACUGUGACCACUCCGAGGACGUCGGCGUCGAAUGCCAGAUAUAG